GGUGGUUGUUCGCAUCGACUCUGUCAGAGGAGGCCCCUCCCUCCUUGCAGCCGCAACUACCCCUGGUUGCAGCUGCGCGCAAUCUUCGCUAAACUCGCCCAAACGCGACUUUAAAGGCCUUUUAUGAGAUCUUAAACCUUUGAUACACACACACACACAAACAGACACACAUAGACACGUUUAGAGUUAAUCCUUAUCGACACAAUCGAUAACUGUUUAUUAAAACAUAAUUUUUCCACACACUCCAGCCUUUGCUGAAUUGUUGAUGUGGUCCUUUAAGACUGGAAGGGGAGGAGGCAAAUGAAAGUAAGGAAAGGAGUGGUUGUAAAAGCAUUAACAGGUUGGGGGAGAAAGAAAACCGCCCGGUUGGUUUCCUCGGUUGUGUUUUUUCAUUGAGUUUCUGCUGUCGUCACCCAUCAAACAGUGAUUCGGGAAGUGUGACGUGUUUUUUCUUGUCCAGUUAAGGGGCCGCUCCUCAAAAUGUCUGCUCCGGGUUACCCAGGCCACUUUCCUUAUCCCGCUCCUGGUGGGGGGUAUGGAGACCCUAAUCAAGCACCCCCACCUGGCUUUAACAUGGGCUACAACCAGGGUCCACCUGUUAUGUAUCAACCAGGUCAGGGACCGGAGUAUGGCGCCCCACUGGUCGGGGCUGCCCCAGUCCCCCUGGUGCCUAUUGGGAUUCCACCAGGACUCGAGUACCUGGCACAGAUCGACCAGAUUCUGAUUCAUCAAAAAGUUGAGCUGCUGGAAGCUUUUAUUGGUUUUGAGACCAACAACCAGUAUGAGAUCAAGAACAACCUGGGCCAAAAGAUUUACACAGCCAAAGAGAAGAACGACUGCUGCACCAGGAACUGCUGUGGCGCCCUGCGCAGCUUCGACAUGAAGAUCAAGGACAACACGGACCGGGAGGUCAUCCGUUUGAUCCGGCCUUUCCGCUGCGUCUCCUGCUGCUGUCCCUGCUGCCUGCAGGAGAUGGAGGUCCAGGCCCCACCGGGCACCACCGUCGGCUACGUGAAACAAGACUGGCACCCUUUCCUGCCCAAGUUUUCCAUCCAGGGAGCUAACAAGGAAACCCUGAUGAGACUGGAGGGGCCCUGCUUCGCCUGCAACUGCUGUGGGGAUGUCAGCUUUGAGCUGAAAGGAAAAGACGAGACGCCCAUCGGUCGCAUCACCAAGCAGUGGAGCGGCCUCCUGAAGGAAGUCUUCACAGACACGGACAACUUCGGCAUUCAGUUCCCUCUGGAUUUGGACGUGAAGAUGAAGGCCGUCCUUAUGGGCGCCUGCUUUCUGAUUGACUUCAUGUUCUUCGAGAAAGUGGGAGAGGCCAACCAGCGCAGCUCCGUGUUUUCUUAACCGGAGAUCCAGAGGGGAGAGCGUUUCACCUCUAUGCUACGUUAUACUCGAUGCUAAACCCAAAAAGCCCUUAAUAGGCAUGUCUAUAUAGUAACCAGAUAGCUGUUGGCUGGAAGUUUGAAUGUGUAAACAGACUGUUGUUGUUCAUGGUUUCACUCCACACAAUCUGUCAAAAUGUUGUAGUCUAAAGCCAAAUCAGCGUCCCUCAAUCUGCAAAAAGACGAGGAUCUGGCCCUGACGUUCGCUUUCAUCCGAACUCUCCCUCAAAAGCUCGACUACAUCUGGUUUACAGUUGGAUCUUUUUUAUUUUUUUAUGUUGAAGUUGUUGUCAUGAAAGUUUGUACAGAUCUUUUUUGUAAUUUUUUUUCCCCCCUCAGAUCCAGAUGAAUCCAUCCUGCUCUGUUAACAUUCCAAACAACUUCAAUUUAUGCAGAACCGAAAAGCUGGAGGAGAUGGUAGAAAACAUCUGGCCAUUCAGCUUAAACCACUACUUUAAUUUAGUUUAGUCAAAUGAAAAGACAGAGUGACCGUAGAUUUUUCUUUCUUUGAUUCAAAUCUUAAAGUGAAAAUGAAAAAAAGAAGUUGUGAUGCCUGCUAGCUAUAUUUACCAAAGUUCCUCUGCUUCGUUGUUGCCUUCUACUUCACCACUUAUGUGCAUUUAAAAGGAAAAAAAAACAUUUCAUUGUAAAUACUGUCAUGCUUUGGACCUCAGUGUUCAGCUGCCGUCCCUUUGUGUCUCCACCGGAUGCAACUGUGCAAAAAUCAGACCAGAUUUGAAAAGCAGAAACAGGCGGAGGUUGAAGUUCAGUUUAAAACCUCUUAUUAGCAGGUGGAGGCCCAGAAAUGAUGGGAAGUUGAGGUUUUCACAAAAUACGUCCAGCACUUCUCUAAUCCAGCUGUCAAUCACAUAAACUACAUGCUUUCUUAGCUUUGCACCUGUUUAAUCUGAUGAUAAUCUGCAAUGAAUUUUUAUCCAUUAACACUUAUUCUACCAUUUCUCUCCUAGUGUUAGAAACAGUUUUAUAUUAUAUAUUGAAAAUAUUGUAUGAUUUAUUUCUGAAAUAAACCAGUGGAAUUAAAG